AUGGCGAUUGCGAGAAAAUUUCUUUGUUCAUUUCGACAAUCCCUAGAUUUACUAAUCUCUUCCCGUUCCUCAAUCUCUCAUUCGAGGCAAUUCUCUUAUGCCCAGUUUGAACCUUUGAAAGCCUUGUUAAAGGGCGUUCAACCUGUACUACGCAACCGAGGAAGUAUACUAAGAUUUGGAAGCAUUCUUGGUGUGUCAGUUUUUCUUGGGUCAAUCAGCUUCUUGCCAAAUGCUGCAUAUGCCAUGGAUGGCCAUGAUAUUUUGGUGAAUGAUCUUAAUCUGGAAGUGUCUGGUGCUUCAGAUGUGGAGGAAGAUCAACAUGCCGUCUGGAUGUUUGUGAGGAAAAUCUGGUUGCCUUUCUUUUUCUUCGUCACUAUGUUGGCAUACUGGGAUGAUUCUGUUACACUUGCACCAUUUGCAUUGAAGCUAAUUCUUUUCCUCCUGAGCACCAAGCCUAGUCCUUUCUCAGUUUAUGGUUUCGUGGAUGAGGUAAGGAAGCAUCCCCUGUUGUGUCAUCGACUUAAGCGCGGAGAACCUCACUUGUAUAACAAGGCACUGUACGCAAGUAAGGUUGAAGUUGAAGACUUUCAGCUUUUGUGUCUGGCUAGAGUUGAAGUAAGAGACCAGAAGUACACUUUGGUUGGAAUUCUUGGUGGUUGGUGGCCUUUGCCAACUUUGGAUGCAAUCAAGCAUCGGCUGCUGCAUCCUCAUAAGGAACUCUAA